AUGGCUGCUUCUCCGCCCUCACAGGCCCUGACGAAACGGUCAGACGGCCAGCUAAUGCCCCCACCCCCAGCCCCGAAACGGAUCAAACGCCCUGCCACCGUCCUCGACGAAGACGUCUACACCAACGCUCUUUCCCACAUCAUUGCCCGCGAUUUCUUCCCAGGCCUCCUGGAAACCCAAGCCAAGCAGGAGUACCUCGAUGCAUUAGACUCGAAGGAUAAAGAAUGGAUUAGGAGCGCGAAGCAGAAACUUGCGGAUGUGAUGCGCACUCCGACGCCCGGCUCCAAUGCGCGGCGGAAGACAGACUCGGGCUCUGUCGCAGGCACGCCGCUGCAUAUUCCACAGGGCAGCUCCAGCGAGACUCCUCGGGGAUGGACAGGUGACACACCUAUGUCUGUGGCGUCAACGGCGACGUCCGCCACGACGAGCAAGGACCAGGAUGUUCCGGAUGUCUCGAACAUGGGUCUGUUGGCUUUCCAGGCCAAGUACACCAGCGAAGACAACGAGUCCUUCAACAAAGUCCUGGACAAACAGAACGUCAAGAAGCGCGAGAAACACGCCUUCCUUUGGAACAGCAACAAGAUACCCUCCGCGCGCCAGAUCGCCCACCACCAGCGCGAGGUCAAGCGCAUCACCGCCCAGGGUGGCAACCCCGAAAUGAGUCUCAUUAAACGAGAUGAGUCCGAGCCAGCCAUCAAGACAGACCUCGAUGCCCGCCCUGCAAGGCCUGACGCCUGGAACGCGCGCCCAGACAACACGCUCAUGUUCCUCCCCUCCUCGAUUGAAGACACCCACGAGACGCUCCACCAACAAGCAGAGGCCGCCUCGCGCGCAGGCCCAAAACGAACCCUUUACCAAAACACGCGCCUCCUCGACGCAGAUGCUGCUGCCGCCGCCGACGCCACCGCAUCUGUUCCCGCCUCCCCCUCCAUAUCUGCCAUUCAAGACGCUAUCGCAGGGCGGCCCCGCCUCAGCGAGUCCGAAGCAUCCGCCAUACCCGGCGGGGAAACGCCGCGCGUGAAUGGCUACGCGUUCGUUGACGAAGACGAGCCCGCGCCCGAGCCUGCGCCCACGGACUCCCUUGAAGCAGACUGGCGCCUCCUAGGCUCCUCAUCAGACACCACACCCAACCCGUUCCAGCUCCGCGAAACACGCAAGCGCGAGGCCUUGCAUCACCGCAUGGUCGACCGCGUCUCACGCUCCAAGCGCGCGGAAAAGGCUGCCCGCACCACGAAAACGCCCGUCGCUUCGACCCCGCGGUUCGCGAGUAGUCCCCGCCUGGACUUUGGACUGCACCGCACGCCUGGGGGCGGGGCCGGCGGGAAGAUGUUGACCCCUGCGGCGCAGAAGCUGUGGUCGCAGGUUGGCGGAAGUACGCCGCAAAAAGGGGGGUCGGCCGGGAAGUCUGGGCUGGGGAAUAUGUGGACGCCGACACCGCGGCGGAAGUAG